CGGCAGCUAGCAGGAGCUUAGUCGAAAAUCUUUUCAGCGGUUAUAAAGUGCUGUUUAAAUAAUAUUAACAUCAGUCGUUUGCCAUUUUAUUGGAAGCAGCUACUUUUGUAAAUUCGCCUUUGUUUUUGAAUUUCGCUUGAAGGCCGCAGAAUGUCAGCUUUUGUAAAUAAAGCACAGAAGCGGUUUAAAGUGGUAUUUUACAACAUUAACAACUUCACUUUACAAAUAAGAUUUACUAAAAUGUCCAAACAGAAUUGCAAAUAUUGGGAGAAGUGUUAUCAAAAAAAUGCAGCACACUUGGAAAAGUUUAAUCAUCCUCCAAAAGGUGUGAAAAUAGCGGAGGACGAAGAUUCAAAUCCUUCCUCAAACACAGUUGGUGAAAUUGAAGCUUUCACACGGAAUUCCUCUCCUUCGAAUCAGAAAAAAAUGUCAAUAAAUAAGGAUUGCGAAACAGAAAAUACGGAUGCAGAGAGCACAAAUUUGCCUGGCAAACGCAAAGAAUUCGAUACAACUGAACUGCGCGCUGAAGCGCUAGGAAAUAUACAAGGGAAGAAUUACAUGGAAAUUCUGGCAAAACGUAUAAAGUUUUCAGUGCAAGCUGAGUACGAUGAAUUGUUGCGCAGUAAUGAUUUCAUACGACAUAAGUUUCUCGUGGAAAUGCCUGCAGAUUUCUAUUCAUUUUGGAAAUUCGCUAGCAACAUUAAUCCAAAAAGCACAGGUGAUGAAAUACUAGAAUAUUUUGAAAAGCAAUUUCAACUACAGCUGGUCGGGCCAUUUGAGUUCCUUUCUGGCCGUUUUCAUAAAGCUGUUAUACGUGAACCGGGUGACUAUUUACGGCAUUGGCGAUUCUUCUAUGAUCCUCCAGAAUUUCAAACAAUAUUUGUGCGUCGAGACACUGGGGUUCAUUAUGGUUAUUGGAGAGAUUCACCACAAGAACAUCAUAAUAUAUUAAUAGCACGCAAUGAUGCCACGAAAAAUUGUGUGUUCGAAUUUAUAGCCGGUAAUGCUUUUGAUGCAUUUCUUUACUUUCUUGAAAAAGAUUUUACAAGUACACCAUUUACUGCAACAUUGAUAGCGAACACUCAAAAAUCACUUCAAAAGUUUAUUAAUACAAGCGAAGUGAAAAUAGAGAAAUUGGAGACGCUACGGAAACGUCGUAGCGCCAAUAUCGUUGCUAAAACUUUACACGAAGCCGGUAUUGUUGUCCCGUACGAUGGUAAAACUCAGGUUGGUUAUAGACCGCUUAUUGUUUCUAACGGCGAAUUAAAGCAAAUCUUAGAUCUUUUUGUAAAAGCUGGUUCAUCAGAUGACUCAUCUGCUGUUGACAAUGAGGAUAUUAAAGCAGCUGUAAUUGAAAAACUACAGCCCAUAGCUACUGCUGCCAACAUUGCUAUGGAUGAGUGCGACUUCGGGACUGCCCUAGAAUUGGGAAUCGACCUAUUUUGUAGUGGCCGACGUGAAUUACAUCCACUUAUACAAUCUUUGUUGGUUCCAGCAUAUACACUUCUAAGUCGACCACAAUUUAUCGCUAUUUCAAAAGCACACUUGGAGCAGCGUAAAAAAUCACUUAAACUUAGUAUUUUUGAGCUGGAUUCAAAGUAAUACUUUUAAGAAAAUCAUGUAAUUAAUAUAAAAUAAAAAUAAUAAUUUCCACCAAUUCCCCA